AUGAGCAAGAACCUGCUCUCGGUGCCACAGAUUAACAGCCAUGGCAAGUUUCAAGUCGUGUUUGACGGGUCCAAGAUGUAUGUGACUCUCAAGAACUCACAGCAAGUGGUGGCGACAGCGGAUCUCGUGGAUGGACUCUACUGGCUUCGGACGACUCAACGAUCAGCGAAUGUGACAACAAGUGGAACCAGUUGUGCCGAUCUACAUGCGAGAAUGGGUCAUGCUCCAGUCGAUGUACUUCGCAAGAUGAUCGCGACCAACAUGAUCAAGGAUGUGCGAGUCCCUCUCAAGUCGGGUGGAGCAACUACAUGUCGAGGAUGUCAACAAGGGAAAAUGGUCCCAAAAACCAUUUCCAAGCAACCGAGACAAGCGCAGCUACGAUACGUUUGA